AUGCAUCUCAUACCUUGGACUAUUGUGGGUCUAGGGUGGCUUGCAAGUGCUUUUAGCAACACUUCCAAACAAACUGACCUUCGUUCUCAGACUGAUGCUCUCGGGUUUCUCUCUGUGGCAUAUUUUGUGAACUGGGCUAUCUAUGCCCGAAAUUUUGACCCUCAAAAACUUCCUACUGAAAAGUUAACGCAUGUGCUCUACGCUUUCGCCAAUAUACGGGUGGAGUCGGGAGAGGUGUAUCUCUCGGACACUUACGCCGACACGGAAAAGCAUUAUCCGACGGAUUCCUGGAAUGAGGCUGGUACCAACGUCUAUGGCUGCACAAAACAACUUUUCCUUCUCAAACAGAAAAACCGAAAACUGAAAGUGCUCCUCUCCGUUGGCGGAUGGUCAUACUCUGCCAAAUUUGCCAAGCCGUUGAGCACCGGUGCUGGACGAAAGCGAUUUGCCUCUUCGGCUGUCCAGCUAGUUCAGGAUUUGGGUUUUGAUGGAUUAGAUAUUGACUGGGAGUAUCCUGCGAACGACGCGCAAGCCAAUGACAUGGUUGCGCUUCUGAAGGAAGUACGGUCGGCUUUAGACAGCUAUAGUGCGGCACACGUAGGUGGUCAUCACUUCCUCCUGACAGUCGCAUCUCCUUCCGGACCGUCACAUUACGAGAAGCUUCAGCUAGCUGAGAUGGACCAGUAUCUCGAUUUUUGGAAUAUCAUGGCGUACGACUAUACUGGCAGCUGGGACAGUGUGUCUGGUCAUGCUGCCAAUCUAUACGCUUCCGAAGCCGACCCAUUAAGCACGCCUUUUAAUACCGACCAGGCUAUUAUUUAUUACAAAGAACAUGGAAUCAGCUCCUACAAGCUUGUACUGGGGAUGCCCCUCUACGGACGCUCUUUCAUGGGCACUGCUGGCCCAGCAAGGAAUUUCGUCGGCGUGGGUAGUGGCAGUUGGGAGGAUGGAGUUUGGGAUUACAAGGCCCUUCCACAAACGGGGGUGAAAGAGUAUGUCUUGAAUCACUCAGUCGCAAGCUACAGCUAUGAUCCGAUAAAGCAGGAAAUGAUCAGCUAUGACACACCAGAGGUUGCGCGAAUGAAAGCGGAGUAUAUCAAAUCCACAGGCCUUGGCGGUGGAAUGUGGUGGGAAAGCAGCAGCGACAAGAUUGGGAAUGCCAGUUUGAUUGGAACGGUCGUUGCUGCGCUUGGGGGAAUUGAUGCACUGGAGCAGAGUCAGAAUCAACUAGACUAUAGUGCUUCCAAGUAUGCCAACCUCCGCGCUAGGCUCCAAAGAAAGUAA